CCCUUUCUCCCGCAAGCACCUGGGGCCCCGGACCCUCGUGUGAAGGGUGCGAGUCCUAAACUGGAGUUGGGUAGAGGCGUGCGGGCCGGCACCCCCGUCUGACUCUGGUGCCGCAGGCCUGCGGAUCAGACAUGGCCCAGAACUUGAAGGACUUAGCGGGACGGCUGCCCUCCGGGCCGCGGGGCAUGGGCACGGCGCUGAAGCUGCUGCUGGGGGCCGGCGCCGUGGCCUACGGCGUCCGCGAGUCGGUAUUCACCGUGGAAGGCGGGCACAGAGCCAUCUUCUUUAAUCGGAUCGGCGGCGUGCAGCAGGACACCAUUCUCGCCGAGGGCCUUCACUUCAGGAUCCCCUGGUUCCAGUACCCCAUCAUCUAUGACAUUCGAGCCAGACCUCGAAAAAUUUCCUCCCCCACAGGCUCCAAAGACCUGCAGAUGGUGAACAUCUCCCUCCGAGUGCUGUCUCGACCCAAUGCCCUGGAGCUUCCCAGCAUGUACCAGCGCCUGGGGCUGGACUACGAGGAGCGAGUGUUGCCGUCCAUUGUCAACGAGGUGCUCAAGAGUGUGGUGGCCAAGUUCAAUGCCUCACAGCUGAUCACCCAGCGGGCGCAGGUAUCCCUGUUGAUCCGACGGGAGCUGACAGAGAGGGCCAAGGACUUCAGCCUCAUCCUGGAUGACGUAGCCAUCACAGAGCUGAGCUUCAGCCGAGAGUACACAGCUGCUGUAGAAGCCAAACAAGUGGCCCAGCAGGAGGCCCAGCGGGCCCAGUUCUUAGUGGAAAAAGCAAAGCAGGAACAGCGACAGAAGAUAGUGCAGGCUGAGGGUGAGGCUGAGGCUGCCAGGAUGCUUGGAGAAGCACUGAGCAAGAACCCAGGCUACAUCAAACUGCGCAAGAUCCGGGCAGCCCAGAACAUCUCUAAGACGAUCGCCACAUCACAGAAUCGUAUCUAUCUCACUGCGGACAACCUUGUGCUGAACCUACAGGAUGAAAGUUUCACCCGUGACAGCCUCAUCAAGGGAAAGAAAUGAACCUGGUAACCAAGAACUCCACCCCCAGAGAAGUGGAUCUGUUUCUCCCCUGGUGUUUGAGGAGCCAGCUCGGGGUCCAGCACACCCCCACCCCACCCCACCCCCAGUAUCAUGUGAUGGUCCCCUCUGCCUCUGUCCUCCCAGCCCUUCUCAGAUGAAGGAUGACUGAUCCAUUUUCACGGGAAUGACUUCCCUCCUCCCUGUGUGGGCCAGGGGUAUUGGGGCAGUGUGUUAUUUCUCAGUGAUUUCGUACUCAAGGUUGGAAGGUGUUAACCACCAUCCCAGGAAUUCUCAAUAAAUUUUUAUUACUUCAGCUGAA